AUGACGGAAGCGGACAACUACGACGACGAGCUCGUCUCGGCCAAUCCAAACCAGCGCAACUGGCGAGGGAUCCUGAUUGCCCUGCUCGUUAUCAUCGUCGUGCUGGCUCUGAUCGUGACGUCAGUGGUGCUGCUGACGCCCCCGGACGAGGGUCCUCGUGUGAAGGGCCAACGGAUACGACUGCAGGACAUCAUCGAUGGCGAGUACGCACCGAAGAAGCUCAACGGCAGCUGGAUCGGGCCCGACGAAUUCCUGUACCAAAACCACUGGGGGGAAAUAAGUUUACUCAGCAUGAAUAAUCUCUCCGAACGGGUUCUCAUGUCCAACACGACGCUGAAAACGCUCGCUCCUGUCAAGUUCUCUAUCUCGGCCGACCGGAGGUACCUGCUGUUGGCGCAGAACGUUCAGAAGCUGUUCCGCCACUCGUUCCUGGCGCAGUACACCGUCUACGACAUCACGACGAGUGAAACAAUUCAGCUGACCAUCAAUUCGCUGAUUGACGACUGGCCGUACCUGCUGCACGCCGAGUUUACUCCCAAAGGCCAAGCCAUCGUGCUGGUGUACGAGUACGACAUCUACUACAAACCAUCAGCCCGAGCCGCUCAAGCCUACCGGUUGACCAAGAACGCCAUCCCCGGAAUCGUGUACAAUGGUGUACCCGACUGGCUGUACGAAGAGGAAAUCCUGCACACCAACAAAGCGAUCUGGUUGUCCACGGACGGCCACCUGAUGCUGUACACCACGUUCAACGAUUCGCUCGUGCAGGAGCAACAGUUUGCCUGGUACGGUACGGCGAGUGGCGACAUCAAUCUCUACCCCCAGAUACGCUCCCUGCGGUAUCCCAAGCCAGGAACGGGCAACCCAACGGUCACGUUGAACGUCGCUGACUUGACCGACCCCAAGAGCAUUCGGAUGAAUAAGCUCACGCCGCCACCGAUCCUGCUGAAUCAGGAGCACUACUUCACCAGCGCGUCCUGGGUGUCACCCUCCGAGGUCAGCGUGGUUUGGAUGAACCGACCCCAGAACCUGUCGGUCGUGACGCUCUGCAAAAGCCCGAUGUGGUACUGCCAGGAGACACACCGGAUCAGUGGCGAUGGACGCGGCUGGGUCGACGAGAUGUCCGUACCGUUCUUCAGCCUUAAUGGCAGCUCGUACAUUGCCAUCUCGCCGUUGCGCGACGGUGCCGCAGGACACUUUCGGCACCUGGUACACGUGCACAUCGGCAAAAAGCGCAUCAUCCCGUUGACGCAUGGUCGCUUCGAGGUUAAUAAAAUCCUCCACUGGGAUCAGGCGAAUAAUUUCGUGUACUACCUUGGCAUCCCGGAGCACUCCCCAGCUCAACAGCAUCUCUAUCGGGCUUCGUCCUUGCCACCGAAACAAGGAACAUCACCUCGACCACCACGCUGUCUCACGUGCAGCCACCAACACAGCUCACACGCACACGUCACCAUCAAGGCAUCGAAUCGGGUGCAGCAACAGUGGAACGAUGAUUGGGAGGACAUCGAGGACGAAGAAGAAGAGUACGUCGAGGUACCGAUGACGACACCUCCGUCGAAGCGGAAACGGAAACCCGGCGCUGAACCGGAAGUGGUCAUCCCACAACCGCCCAUGCCAUGUCAGUACUUUACGGCCAUUUUUGCGCCCAGCAACAGCGAGUACGCACUGAUCGAGUGUCUCGGUCCGAUCGUACCGUUCAGCGCCAUCUAUCGGAUCGUACCCGACACGACAAAGAGUCCUACGCAGGUGUUGUACUAUCUGCAGAAUAACACUGCGCUGGCCGAACGCAUAGGCAAGAUAGCGCUUCCGCAGGUGAAGUCUUUCCCGGUGAUGAUCUCGGGCGGAUAUCAUGCGCAAGUGCGUCUAUUUCUACCCCCCGGACUGCGUGAGGACGAGAUCACACGAUAUCCGAUGAUCGUGCAUGUGUAUUCUGGCCCAGGAACGCAACUAGUGACGGACAAGUGGCGUGUCGACUGGAACACCUACCUUGCCGGGACGAAGGACUACAUUGUGACGCAGAUCGAUGGACGAGGAUCAAGCGGCCAAGGGUAUCAGUUGUUGCACGAGGUUUACCGAAGGCUCGGCACCGUCGAAGUGUCUGAUCAGCUUGAAGUAGCCGAGUACCUGCGAGACAGCUUGCACUUUGUCGACAAACGACGGGUUGGAAUUUGGGGCUGGAGUUACGGUGGAUACACGGCAGCUCUAGCCAUGGCCAGUCCUACCAGCCUGUUCCAGUGUGGUAUCAGCGUUGCACCUGUCACAAACUGGAAGCUUUACGAUUCCACGUACACCGAGCGCUAUAUGGGCAUGCCGAAUGUGACCGACAACUACAAGGGCUACGAGGAUAGCGAUCUGUCGAAGCACGCCGAAAAACUGCGCGACAAGCAGUUCCUUAUGGUUCACGGUACGGCCGACGAUAACGUGCACUUCCAGCAGAGCAUGGUGUUCUCGAAGGCACUCUCCAGCAAAGGCGCACUGUUCAAGCAGCUGAUAUACCCCGACGAGGGCCACAAUCUGGCCGGCGUGAAGAAGCACCUCUACCGUUCGAUGACGCUCUUCUUCGAGGACUGCUUCCGGAAGCUGGUUCCAUUGGACGUGAAGCCCGGCCUGGGAAACGGCGGUUCCAGUGAUUAAUAUUUGCUUGAUUACUUCGGUGC